AUGCGUGCGACACUGGGUAACUUAAUGGAGGACAAUCUUUCCUACCCAUGGUGAAUUGUGAACAAAUAAUCUUCUGCUUUUGGAGAUUUUGAAGUAGCAAUCACUCAUUACUUGGUCGUCAAGCAAAUGUUUGGCGAUAGACCAGUCGAUUGCGAUCGACCGGUUGGUGACCACUGGAGGAAAGGAAUGCAGUACUGAGGCAGAAGGUUCGUAGUGAGGACGACUUACUACUACUCUGAACUGUGUGUGGUGAGCUUUCUGGUGCCCAGAGCUGCUGAGGCAUCACCUAAGUGGGUGCCACACAUUGUGAAGGAGCAGGUCCAGUAGCUACACGACUCAAGCUGGUUCCCAGAGUAGCCCUCUACAUCAGUGUUUCCCAACCGGGCAGUCCCCAGUGGACACUGGACAACUCCAGGAUGGCAACAGACACUGCAUCCCAGCAGACUCCUGGCUCCAAGAUCAUGACCUUUCACCCUUCCAUGGAGGAGUUUAAGGACUUCAGCCGUUACAUCGCCUACAUGGAGUCACAAGGAGCUCACCGAGCUGGAAUGGCUAAGGUUAUUUCACCCAAAGACUGGAAGCCCAGACGUACUUAUGAUGACAUAGAUGACCUGGUGAUCCCUGCUCCUAUACAGCAAGUGGUGACUGGCCAGUCCGGUCUCUUCACACAGUACAACAUCCAAAAGAAACCCAUGACCGUCCAAGAGUUCCGCAAGACUGCCAACACAGACAAGUUCUGUAACCCCCGAUAUGUGGAUUUUGAUGAGCUGGAGAGAAAGUUUUGGAAGAACCUGACUUUUAACCCCCCUCUCUAUGGAGCGGAUGUCAACGGAACACUCUAUGAUCCAGACGUGACAGAGUGGAACAUUGGUCAUCUGAACACUAUCCUGGACACUGUGGAGAGGGAGAGUGGGAUCAAGAUCAAAGGGGUAAACACUCCUUACCUGUAUUUUGGCAUGUGGAAGAGUACCUUCGCCUGGCACACUGAAGACAUGGAUCUCUACAGCAUCAACUACCUUCACUUUGGAGAACCCAAGUCCUGGUAUGUUGUUCCCCCUGAACAUGGGAAGAGAUUGGAGCGUCUCGCUAAAGGGUUUUUCCCUGGGAGUGCUCAGAGCUGUGAAGCUUUCCUGCGGCACAAGAUGACUCUAAUCUCACCCUCAAUCCUGAAGAAAUACGGCAUACCAUUUGAGAAGAUCACCCAGGAGGCAGGCCAGUUCAUAGUGACCUUCCCUUUUGGCUACCAUGCUGGUUUCAACCACGGCUUCAACUGUGCAGAGUCCACCAACUUUGCCACACAGCGAUGGAUUGAUUAUGGCAAAAUAGCCACACUGUGCUCGUGCCGUAAAGACAUGGUGAAGAUCUCCAUGGAUGUGUUUGUGAGGAAGUUCCAACCAGAUCGCUACAAGGCAUGGAAGGCAGGGAAAGACAACAUUCCUAUUGACCACUCCAAGCCCACGCCAGAGGCUACUGAGUUCCUGACGGGAGAGAAGACAGGGGAGCCUGGGAAGGAGGGUCCAAGCCCCAGCGAGGCCCCUGACCAGGAGGAGGACACCCCAGGCACCACUGCACAGGAGGAGACGAGCAACCUGAAGCUGAAGGUUGGGAAAAAGCGCCAACGGGAAGCAGUUGUGGAGGCAAAGGAGGAUGAAGACACUGAACAAGCUAAGGAGGAAGGAGAGGUAGCGCAAAAGAAAGUCAAGCUGGAUAAGUGGAGUGGAGGACACACUCCAGCACACAAAGAGCCGAAGCCGGAGGACGUUAAAAAUGAGCUAACAAAGCUACCACCCAACGCACAGACCAACCGAAACACAAACGCCAGCCGAAAGCUAGCACUUCAGAUGAAAGCCAAUAACUCUAUUAAAUCCACUCUAAUGAAGUCUCAGCCACAGACUAACAGUCAGUCAACCCAACCAGCAGUACCAGGCCCCUCCUCCCAGAGCUCAGAGAAGGCCGGCCCCAGUGAGGAUGUGAAGCCUCCAGUACCAGCCAACAGCCCUAGCCCUGCUCACCAACUCUUCCAGAGGACCCUGAGCCCGACAGACGUGCUGCACGUCCACAGCUACGCCAAGGGAGACUACAGCGAGGGAGAGAGCAAGGAGGACAUGAGGAGCAAUAGUAGUGAUAGUGAAGCAGAGGAACAGGACGACAGCAAGGGGGCAGAAGAGGUAGCGGAGGAUGAAGGUGUGCUAAGCAAACUGGGGAAGCUGCCUCGCCAUCACCCUCUGAUGAAGGACAGCAUGAGUGACGAGGAGCUGCCAGAGCAGCCCCCAGUAGAAGAGGAUGGGUUAGAGGGAGAGUUGUGGGCCAAGCCCUUUGUCCAUCUGUGGCAGAACAGACCCCCCAGCCUGAAGAGAGAGAAGGAGUACAACCGUCGCAUGGGCCUCCAGGUCCCAUACUGCUCCGUGUGCUCAUUGUUCCAGACCUACCAGCGGAUGGAGCGUGCUGAUGACUGUAAGGACACUCCAGUGGUGUUGCCUGGAGGCAGACUGAGGACUAAGCCUCUGAUCGCUGAGAUGUGUUUCACUACCACCACCGAGCCAGAGGAGGGUGCUGAGGAGCAGGCGCUUGGAGCCCUGGCGCCCACCACCCCUCAUCUGGAGCCAGACGGCACCAGCCUGCUCAUCAGCUGCUCCCACUGCAGUGUCCGCAUACACACCAGCUGUUAUGGCGUGGAUCCAAAGAUUGUUACUAAGGAUUGGAAGUGUGCUCGCUGUAAGGCCAACGCCAUGACUGAGAGUUGCUGUUUGUGUUCGCUGAGGGGUGGAGCCUUGCAGAAAGCCAACAACAACAAGUGGGUCCAUGUGCUGUGUGCAGUAGCAGUGUUGGAGGCUCGCUUUGUGAACAUCACUGAGAGAAGCCCUGUGGAUCUGAGUGGGAUUCCUCUACAGAGGUUUAAACUGAAAUGUUACUACUGUAAGAAGAGGAUGAAGAAGACGUCCGGGUGCUGUGUGCAGUGUUCCCAUGGCCGCUGUUCUACGGCCUACCACCCUACCUGUGCCCAGGCCGCUGGGGUCCUCAUGCAGCCAGACGAGUGGCCUUUCGUGGUCUACGUCACCUGCUGCCGGCACAAGGGCCCUAUUCAGACAGAGCGUAACAAAGCAGCCAUGCAUGAGCUCACCGUGGGACAGAGGGUGAUCUGUAAGCACAAAAAUGGCCGCUACUACCAGUGUGACGUGGUGCAGCUUUCCAAGGAGACGUUCUAUGAAGUCAACUUUGAUGACGGCUCUUUCAGCGACAACCUCUUUCCUGAGGACAUCGUGAGCCGGAAUUGUGCCCAGCUAGGCCCCCCAUCGCAGGGGGAGGUGGUGCAGGUCCGGUGGACAGAUGGUCUAGUCUACGGGGCCAAGUUUGUGGCUGCUCACGUCAUCCAAAUGUACCAGGUGGAGUUUGAAGACGGGUCACAACUAACAGCCAAGAGAGAUGAUGCCUAUACCCUGGAUGAGGAGCUGCCCAAGAGAGUCAAGUCAAGACUGUCCAAAGCGUCAGACAUGCGUUUCGAUGGUAUAUUUGAGGACAAGGAGGCCAUCCAGCAGUCGAAGAGGCAGAGAGUGAUCAACUCACGGUACAGAGGAGACUACAUCGAACCUGUGAUCUACAGAGCCAUCAUGGAGUAGCCUGCCGACUACAGCAUGGAGUAGCCUACUCUACCAACAAAUCACCAGCACUGAUAUUCCUUAUCCAGACUUCAGCUCACUUUACCUUAAUUUAUCCACUGAGUGAGUAAGUGUAGCUCUGACUAAAGGACUUCCUCUGAAAAUAACUGUCCAACCCCUAGUUUAGACUGUCUUUUUCUUCAAUUCAUCCCUUCAUCAUUCCAUCAUUAGGCACUGGUUUCCCAGACACUGUUUAAGCCUUGUCCUGGACCAAAAAUAUAUUUCCAGAACUAGGCUUGAUCUGUGUCCAGGAAACCUGUCCCUAUGGUUAUUACCAUCCAUGUCACAUUUUAUGCUACUCUGCCAGUGCCCAGUAUCAGUAAUUUGUGUAUUGAAUGAAGUGAUAUUGGCCCUUGAUUUUUGCUCCCAAACAAGAUGUAAACUUUCUGAUAAUAACAAUUCACUCACUAUAAUUCAGUGGUAGGAAGGAUUUCCUCAAGGGAGUGAAGCAGACACAAAAGUUAUUGCCACUCAUCCUCAUAAACACUUGUGUUUUCUGACUCAAUAUUUGACCAUGUUUGCCAGUUGUUAUUUUAUGUACAUAUGUAUAUAUUUUCCUAUGUAUAAUGAACAAAAAUAUUAACACAACAUGCAACAAGUUCAAUGAUUUUACUGAGUUACAGUUCAUAUAAGGAAAUCAGUCAAUUGAAAUAAAUAAAUUAGGCCCUAAUCUAUGGAUUUCACAUGACUAGGCAGGGACGCAGCCAUGGGUGGGCCUGGGAGGACAUAAGCUCAUCCACUUGGGAGCUAGGCCCCGCCAAUCAGAACUAAAUUUUUGCCCAAAAAGGGGCUUUAUUAUAGACAGAAAUUGGAUGUACUGCCAAAUUCUCAAAAAUGAAGGAAGCGGCUUAUGGUAGAGAAAUGAACUUUACAUUUUCUGGCAAAUGCUCUGGUGGAUAUUCCUGCAGUCAGCAUGCCAAUUGCAUGCUCCCACAAAACUUGAUACAUCUGUGGCAUUGUGUUGUGUGACAAAACUGCACAUUCUAGUGGCCUUUUAUUAUCGCCAGCACAAGGUACACCUGUGUAAUGAUAGUGGCGUUUAAUCAGCUUCUUGAUAUGCCACAACUGUAAGGUGGAUGGAUUAUCUUAGCAAAUGAGAAAUGCUCACUAACAGGGAUGUAAACUAUUUUGUGUACAAAUUGAGAGAAAUAAGCUUUUUGUGCGUAUUGAACAUUUCUGGGCAUCAUUUAUUUCAGCUCAUGAAACAUGGAACCAACACUUUACAUGUUGCGCUUAAUAUUUUUGUUCAGUAUAGUUUUUAUGGUGCUACUUGUACCUAUGUUUGAUUUCAAGGAGGUGCAAUGCCAUUUUAGUAACUAAUACGGCCUCUUAGCAGAUUCACACUGUUGACUGCAUUCCUAUACAUUGUAUUUUGUAGGAAUGCGUUGAAUAUAGCUUUUUCCAUGUUGAGUAGUUUUUUUUACCAGCAUAUUUAUUAUAUGGUGCUUGGAGAAACUAAAAGUAACUGCAAUACAGACAGUUUGUCAGUUGCAAUGCUGUAGAGGUUUCAAAACGAUUAUGAUGUAUGUUCUAUUUUUGCUAUAGCGAUGAAUUGGAAAUAGCCUGUUCAGAAUUGCUGUGGGCUCUCCAUUUAUUUCCAAGUUGGUUCUUUACUCAUUUAAUGAAAGUUGUGCAUUGCACUUUUAUUUAAGUCCAGUUUGAGAGGACAUUUUAAUAGUUGUGUGCUGCCAUUUGUUAUUUUUGUGAGGGGGGGGGGGACAUGUUUGAAAAUAUUAUUGUGAAUUCUACAUCUAUAAGAUGUUCUUACCCAUCUCCACUCGGCCAAGAUCGUCAACCAUGAUGCACUUAUUAGGAUAGGAUAAGGUGGCUUUCAGAUUGUCUUCAUUGUUUGUCUGUAAACUGCUGUUGUCUUGAGUAUAGGGGUGAACAUUUUCCCCACGUUUUCCAGAAAUCCUGGUCGGAAUAUGCCUGGAAUCAGGAGGGAAUAAGCAGGAAAUCUAGGUAUACCCAAUCUGGGAUUUCUGGAAAACGUGGGAAUUUUAAGAAAGUUCCCAGCAUUUUGUGACCCUAAUUGAGUGUGUGAGUCACAGAACUGACAGUAUGGGUUACAGUUAGUUAUAAAGGCCCACAUUCACAGCAGUACCACUGAGCAAAAGGUUUUUAUCAUCAUCAUCAUUCAAUAGUAUGGAAAAACUUAAGACUUAUAAUACAUGGAGGAAAAUUACUUUUCUAUCAAAAAUAACUAUUGCUUUGUUUUAUAAUGAUACAUGUUCUAUAUUCACAGCCAGGAAGACACUGAGAUGUAAUUAUUGUAAUAAGUAGUUUAUUGAAAGACUGUUGACUCUAGGGAUCUUGGCAGCAUCCCAAAUGGAACCCUAUUCCCUAUAUAGGGAGUAGGGUACCAUUGGGACCGUUCCCUGGCCUGUUCGUGUUUGACCUUUUGAACGUUGACCUCUUUCCUGUGUCUGUGAUAAAUGAACGCUGGACUUCUUCCAUAUUAUCAUUCAUGCAUUUUGUAAACAAUUUUUGUUUCAGUAAAUUUUUGCCUUGCUUA